CAUGACCUUAUUAUGUUUCCCUGUUUGGAUGAAGGUCAGGCCAGGCCAAUGUGACUUCAUGUGGGUAUGGUCACGAUAAUAACUUUUUCCGACCACGAGGCACUUUGCAAUAUGAAUAGCAGAUCCAGAGUGCUAAUGUUCCAAUCCACCAGACACCAGACGAUGGCGGUAAUGCAGCAUGUCGUUGUUGGCAUACCGGCAAAAAAACACCACCAACAAUAAAAACACGAAGAAGAAGAAGAAGCUUCUACGUCACGGAGCCGGCACCUCCGCGGCAGAUCCGACCGGCAGACCGAACUCAUUUUCAGGCAACCAGGAGCACCACAGUGCCCCGGGACAUUGUAACUCCGCAGAAUGGGAAACCUGCUGCUCUCCUCCGGGAGUGACAAAUCCCCGUCUGAUCAUGUUAAUGGAGGAAAGUUCAUUGCCAAGAGGAUCAGCAAUGGCAUGACUUAUUAUUUCACUCCAUUCUGGUUAGAGAAACAGGCAUUAUGUGCACUCUGCCCUAUUUCCAACCCAUCACCCUCAGCUCAGCCUCUCAGUGACCCUUCCCCCGUUGAUCCCUCCUCCUCCACAUUACUCUCAGAUUCUCCCUCACACACACCAGCCUUCUCCCAAAACCAAUCGCAUUCUGAAUCCACUGCCCGUACUCUUCUUCUUUUCUUCUCCUGGCUCGGUGCCCGGAAAGUGGCAGUGGCCAAGUACAGGGACCUGUACCUGGACCGUGGCAUGGAUGUCCUGCUAGUCCAGAGCAGUGUGAUGCACUUCCUGUGGCCUCGUUGGGGGCUAGAAUACGGGAUGGAGGUUUUGAAAGUUCUGGAGGAGCCUCAGUUUGCAGGGAGGGCGGUGCUGGUCCAUGCGUCCUCCAUCGGGGGCUACACUUUCACACAGAUACUCACCCACAUUGCUCAGGGAGAGGAAAAACAUGCAGGCCUGGCCAAGAGGGUGAUAGGACAUAUCUAUGACAGCUUGGUUGUUGGGAGUUUGGAGUAUAUGGCUAUAGGCCUCGGCAAGACUCUGGUGCCACGUUUAGAGAGCUUUGUCAAAAACAUCGCUAUGCUUUACUUCUGGCUCUUCAAAUCCCACACAGCAGACCUCUACAACAAAAGCAUCAAAGUUUUCCAAAACAGCCCGAUUACUGCGCCAGCACUUUUCUUCUUCAGUGAAAAUGACGCCCUGUGCAACCCGGCUGACUUGGAAAAGUUAAUUGACCGAUGGAGAAUGAGGGGUAUGACUGUGGAGAGCAGGAAGUGGAAGGAGUCGAAACAUGCAGCCCACUUGCGAUGCCACCCAGAAGACUACCUGUCUACACUGGAGAAAUUCUUGAACUUGCUGCCUAUUUCCUCCCCCAAAGCGAAAAUGUAAACUGCUUUUUAUGAUUUCAAAGACAAGGCUCUUUGAUCUUUUUUUUUUGCAGCUGUAGCAUGUAGCACUAGUGUAACUUCACAGAUAAUUUUGAUUAACUUUUAGGCAUUCUGUAUUGUUGGAUUUAGAUUUUAUUUAAGGAUAUAUUUAAAUUGAUAUGCACUAUUUAACUAUCUAUUCUGUAGCCUUUUGUCAUGAGAUGCUUGCUUUGCACAUAAAGUGUUCUCUAACGACCUGUUGUUGCACAUUGAUAUCAGAGACCAGGUUUUUUGCACAAAAUAUGAGAUAACAUUUUAAAUAAAGUUCAAAUGUGCAUUGUAUUGUU